GUCAGUGGAUUUUGGAGUACUAGGGCAAGAGGGAUAAUUCUCUCUUCAUGUGAGAAGUUUUAAAAAAUCUCUCUAUCGUUGGAAUCUAGAGCAUAAACUGUAGCUAAUAAAAACCAUUUUGCUUUCUCCCUACCCUUCACUGUGGAUAUUUCCUUCUUGAAGAAUGGAAGUUAGAAUGAGAAAUCCUUCUUCCAUCCCCAUCAUCUCCUAAACGAAUGCACAGAUACAUUCAAGAUGCCGAGCCACAUAUCUUCAGGAAACUGCACUGAUCCUCAUAUGGGAUUUCAGUCCUCCCUAUACGCAACCACUUACACCAUAAUAUUCAUACCAGGUCUUCUGGCAAACAGUACUGCAUUAUGGGUUUUAUGUCGUUUCAUCAGGAAGAAAAACAAAGCUGUUAUUUUUAUGAUUAAUUUGGCUGUAGCUGAUCUUGCACAUGUUCUCUCAUUACCUCUUCGAGUGUAUUAUUAUAUAAACCACACGUGGCCUUUUGGGAGUUUCCUUUGCCAGUUAUGUUUCUACCUGAAGUAUCUCAACAUGUAUGCAAGUAUUUGUUUCCUUACCUGCAUAAGCAUUCAAAGGUACCUUUUCCUCCUCCAUCCAUUCAAAGCCAAAGACUGGAAGUGCAAGUAUGAUGUCACCAUUAGUGCUGUUGUGUGGAUCAUCGUUGGGGCUGCUUGCUCACCAGUUCCAAUCCUGAGAAGUCCUACCUUAUCCAACAAUACAAACACCUGCUUUGCAGAUCUUGGAGUGAAGCAAAUGACUAUGGGAGCUUCUAUUACUUCAGUAACGAUAGCUGAAUUAUUAGGGUUUGUGGUCCCCCUAGUUAUUAUUGCAUACUGCACUUGGAAAAUGAGACACUCUCUACAGGAAUGUCAAGUGCCCUUGCAACAGAGAAGUGAGAAAGAGAAAGCUUUACGGAUGAUUCUGAUGUGUGCAGCUGUAUUCUUCAUAUGUUUCACACCAUAUCAUAUAAACUUUCCUUUAUUUAUGAUGGUGAAACAGAAUGUUAUUACAAACUGCGCCAUACGCAAAAGCACUCUUCAUUUUCAUCCAGUUUCUUUAUGUCUUGCAAGUUUGAACUGCUGUCUGGAUCCAAUCCUCUACUACUUUAUCACAUCAGAGUUUCAGAACAAAUUAUUGCGAUGUAGCGGCUUUGCCCUCAGGAGUUGUCUCGUGGACAAAGAGAGUGACUCACCUUUCCAAGAAAGCAGCGAUGAUAUUAAAACACAAAAAACUUUUUCAUGUUUUAAAUUUCAGUCUCUUCCAAAACUCUGGUCAAAUAAAUACACAGAAACUCCUCCAGCUGAACCAGAGGAGCUUUUAUUACAAUAAGCUUUUCGAAACUCAAGACAGCUUGUUCAGCAUAGGUGCAGUCCAAAGCUCAAAUGGAGAUCACAUUAAGCCCAAAAAUACGCACUGAAUAACAUCUCCAGCCAUUACGUCCAGGGUAUCCAGCACAGAAAGACAUUUUAACUUUAUUGUUUGUUUUUUUAAAUAUCAUCCACCCCAAUCACUACAACUUUCCCAUGCAAAAUUCUCUCACAUUUUUUGAAUCACCGGUUAGGUCCUAUAAUUUAUCUUCCUUAAAAAGAUGCUCCUGAAUGUAAUCCUAGCAGCUGAUCUAUAUACAUGGCCGCUGAGAGCAGGUUCAGGCCCUCCAGCAAGGGCGGACCGGCUAAACAGGGCUGACAAAGCCAGGUAAGCCGGGCCCCAGGCCCCCUUCCAGACAGCCAGGCCCCGGUAAUUUGUAUUGGCUUCCCCCCUGCCUCGUUGGCCCUGCCUAUAUAUUGAAAUACCAUUGACUAUAAUGGGAAUUCCGCCAUCAAACAGUUACAAAACAGCUACAACCUAGGGCUCCACAUAG